CUCCUCUUUCCUUACUCAGCUGGCCAGCUUUGACAUGGGUUUCAUGCACAGGGGACUUUUACCGAAAGUGUGAAUCGUCUUGUCCCCGUCUGUUUGAAAAGGGCGCCACUUUGGCACCGAUUUCCCAUUCGUCAUCGCAGCCACCCCCCACUCCCUGCCCCCGGGUCCAUCCAGAAGAACAUGCAGUGGGCACCUUCGAUGCGCCUGGUGUCGCGCUAGGUGUCGGGGAUCUCCAGAUGAGCAAAAUGUGGUCCCGGUCUUCAAGUGAUCCUACUAUGGCUGAAUCCCUGAGGGAAGCUUCUGGAAGCCUGGAAGUUCUAGAGGCCGGUGAUGAGGGAAAGAAGAAAUCCAAGUUUAAAGUCUUCAAGAGCUUCUUUGGCAAGAAGAAGAAAAAAGAGCCCGAGGAUGCCCGGGGAGGGAGGAAGCUAAAACCAAGCCUGUCCAGCAGCAACAUCAACAUCUCUGCUCUGAAGCCAGUUCAUGGAGAUCAGACUGAGCCUUGGGCCGAGAGCAACAUGGGGAGCAAAGCCCUGUCCCAUGACAGCAUCUUCAUGAUGGAUCCUGAGCCUGCAAAUAAAAUCUACCUGUCUCCAGAGCUCCAGAGAGGCAGAUCUCUGCAGAGACCUUAUGUUUCCAGAACUCUGCCUAGAACUGGGACUAGUAGUCUGCAUCGAGCUGUUUUUGGAAUUACGUUUGGACCUGUGCUCCCAUAUGUACCCAGAAGUGCACUUUGGGCCGGGAGAUCCGACAUCGCUGAGAGCCCAUCACUGCUGCCAUGCCAACGAAGCAUCAGCCCACCUCUUAUCCGUUCUGACACAAUCUCUAAGGACUUGGAGGAAAUCUCUAUUGAUGAGGAGUCACCUGAGAGCUCACCAAAGGACGUUUCAGAGCAGAUCUUGACAAUGAAGAAGGUGGAGCCAAAACAGGGGAAGCCAGGCAUUCUGCUGGUGUCUCAAGAAGAGAAGAGUACAACAACAUCCCAAGACGCUGUCCAAAAGAAGCCGAAAAACGACAGUGCAGGUACCUCAAGCCUGGAGCAGAGCAAGAAAACUGAAACUCCGGAUAAGAAGACAGCAGAGCAGACCGCAAACCCAGAUGCUGCUGGCACUCAGGGCUACCUGUCGACGAUGGCGUUUGGAAGACAGUGUGCAAGGAGAGGUUCCGGUGCUAUAGGCAUGAGUGAGUGUGGGCUCGGAGGAAGAACCUUCAAACAGUUUUCUGUCAUCUCUGCGGACCUCUCUCUGGAGCAGUCCACAACUCCACCGGCCAAAAGCGUGACUCCUCAGGAGGGACUUUCGGAUACAGAUGGCCUGGGAAAGAGAAAUACUGGGAUGGAUUUUAAAGCUGGAACCGCAGCAGGAGCCCAGUCUGUACCUGAAGACGUGGAAGGGUCCACGGUUGGUGACCCAUCAACAUGCCGUGAGGACGGGGCCCCGGGAGCCAACAGGCCAGAAGCCAUGGCUUCUCUCUCGUCAGCGGCAACCGAGGCCGAAGCGUUUAAGGAUCCUUCUCGCACCCAGUCGGGGAGGGAAGAAGCCUGCAGCUCCGAUUUGCAAGGUAUCCAGCUGAAAAUGGAGUCAGUUCAAGAUAUUCCAACUGUCUGCAGAGAAAAGCCCCCUGGAAAGUGUCUCCCGGCCUUCACAGCAGGUAUUUCGGCUCUGCCAAGUGCUUUGGCAAAGAGAGGCGUUUCUGUGGAGACGCCGCCUCUCAGGAGCCUUUCCCUGGCCGUGGUGAAGUUCCACGCCGAAGAAGAGUCCUCUGAUUCCGAGAGUUCUUCAGAGGUGGGGGGUGGUUCUGAGCAGGUGCCUCCCAGGCCUGCUUCCCAGCAGGAGAAGCCCAAAGGUGACCAAAAAGUCUUCCCCAAACCAGGAAGUUCAGCUGUGGAACCGAGCCAGCCCGGGCAGCAGCUGGCUUCUGGAUCCCCUUCCUGGGCCGUGGCGCGGCCCGAAGCUGAAGAGGACUCCUUGGAUUCCGAGAGUGUUCCGGAGGACGAAGACACCUCGGAGCAGCAGGUGCGUCCCGGGCGCUCUCUCCAGUCGGCGGGGAAGCCCGACCAUGGCCAGGAAGUCUUCACGGAGCCCAAGAGCUCCGCUUCCAAGGUCUUGGGGGAGCCCACAGUGUCCACCGAGUGGCACAGUUACUCUGACAAGUACAAGAGUGCUGACCCUUCCCGGGCCUGGAAGGAGAAGCCCAAGGACCAAGGAGGAACCGCCUCAGUUUCGAAGAGCGUACUUAAGGAGUGGGAUGUUUCCAUGCAGCGGCUCGCUCUCCAACAGCUUCCUCAGUCCUUUGCGAAGCCGGCUGUUCAGCAGCAAGUGUCGUCCGGCCCGGUGAGGGCUUUGGCACAGCGGAGCGGCUUUGCAGAGCACCUGCUGCCCCAGUCCGGGACGGGCGCCAAGGCCGAGCAGCAAGCCUCGGCGUGUCUGGAGAGCACUGCCAGGGACUGGGGCCUCUCCCUGGAGCCGCUGCCUCCCAGGACCUCUUUGAAGCACCUGAUGGGGCGUAAAGUUGGGCAACCGGUCUCCAAAAGUCCAGAAAUUGCCAUGACCCCAGGGGUCAAUUCCGCGGCCCUCAAAUGGCAUUCUAAGCCUCCCCCGAAACCCACGGCGGGGGAUGCAUUCCCUCCAGGUCCAGAGCACGUGUCUGUUUCGAAGCAAGUGCUGCCGCCCAAGGAUCCUUUCUGGGCCCUGCUGAGAUCGGUAGUUGAGGAACGAGUCCCCCCCGGUGCGGAAAGUGCUGUGGUUGAGAAGGACGCUUCUAUGCAGCCGCUGGUCCCCAAACAUCGGUCCCCCAGGCAACCUCUGGUCCAGCGACAAGUCUCUGUGAGUCCGGAGAGCACUGCAGCUGAGGGGGGCGCUUCUGGGGGGCCACUGCUCCCCAAACAUUCUGCUCGGCCCCUGGUGAAUCCUCAAAGCCAGCAGAUCUCAGAGAACGCUGCGGUCAAGGAGGGCACAUCUGCCGAGCUGCCUCGCGGAGGCCCUUUCCAGCUCUCGGGGAGGCCCAGACUCCAGGCACAGACCCUCCCCCCCGACUCGGUUAGUGCUUCUGAGGGCAGCGGUCCUGAGGAGAAGAUGCCUCCCCCACACACCUCCCGGGCCUGGGUGAGCCCCAGAGUUGAGCAAGAAGCCUCCUCGGGUUCAGCGAAUGCUCCCGCAGCACGGAGCACUCCGGUGGAGUCAAAGCCUCCCAAAAGCGCUCUGCAGGCCUGGGGCAACCGUAAAUCCAAGCAAGCAGCUUCCACGGGUCUGGAGGGCGCUGUGGCCGAGAAGGGUGGGUCCAAGGCGCAGCCCCCCCCCAGAAUGUCUUCUCAGUCCCCGAUGAAACCCGUGGGGAAACAAGCAGUCUCUGCAGGGCCGGAGAGCGUGGCCGCCAAGAAGGAGGCAUGUGCAGAACCACUGCCUCCCAGGCAGUUUUCCAGGUCCCUUGCGGGACACAAAGUCCAGCAAAUAUCUUCAAAUUUUGAGAGCAAUGCUGCGGAGGGCGCCGUCUCCGGGAAGCCACUGCCUCCCAAGAAUCCUACCCAGGUCUUGGUCAGGUCUAAAGUCCAGGAAAUAUCCUUGCGUCUAGAGAACAAGGCCCUUGAAGGAAACACGUCUAAGAAGUCACCGAUUCCUAGAUAUCCUUCCCAGUCAUUUGUGAAGUACAUGGCAGAACGAGUCUUUUCAGAGAGCCCUGCAGCCGAGCAGGGAUUUCACACGAAUCCCCCAUCUACAAAUCCACCUUCCAAACCUUCGAUGAGGCCCGAGGCCCAGUGCCAAGUCUUCUCAGGUCAGAAGAAUGCCAACAUGGGGGGAGGCAUUUCCUCACAGCUGCUGCCUUGGAAAGGCCCUUUACGGUCCUCAGGGAGGCCCGAAGACCCCAAAGGAGUCUCUUCGCAUUCGGAGAGCGCUCCUGCGAAGUCGAGUGGUUCAAAAAAGCAGCCGCCUCCCAGAUACCUUUCCCAGGCACUGAGGAAGCUUGAGUACCAGCAAUAUGGCUCCCUGGUCUCUGUGAGCGCUCUUGAAGACAGGAAGAGUUUUGAAGACAAGCUGCCUUCUGGAGGCCCUUCCCAAGCCAAGAAGGGGCCUGAAUCACAACCACAUGUUUCCUCAACAGGCUCAGCGAGUGCGCCUGUGGGGUGGAGUUGUUCUGAGGAGCCCCUGCCUCGCAGAUCCUCCUUCUGGGCUUUUGCAGACCCUGAACAUCAGCAACAGGUUCCUUCCGGUUCCGUGGGCACUGCUGCUGAGGGAGCCAUUUCUGGGAGCAAUCCUAGCAGCCGGUCCGUACCCAAAGGCCCGGCUUCUCCACACAGAACCAAGAAGCGUAGCCACAGCUCUGAAGACCUCAUUAAGAAUAUCCUGGCUUCUGCUGCGAAACCCGUGAAGUUCACUUUUGCUCCCGCCAGCCAAACAUCCACUUCCGGGGUCACUUACCCUAAGGAGGAAGUUGUCAAGAGCAGUGAUCCAAAUAACAGCCACUCAGACGUGUCCACCACCGAGGCUGAUGUUGAAAACGUCUUUGGGAUUCGAGUGAGAAAAAUCCCUACCUCGGACAAGUUCAAGGAUGAGACACAAGAUGACCGGACCAAGCUUUCUUCACUCUCCCUGGGCCCAAAGUCAUUUCCUGUAUGUAAAGGGAAGCGAAUCAGAAGAAGCGCUUCCCAUGGGUUCCUGGGCACCGCAGAGCACCUCAUCCCAGGGUAUGAGUUUGCAGAGAAGCAACAGGACAGGCCCAAAUCUGAAAUCAUAGCUGGGAAUCAACCCGCUUGCAAGGUCCCAGGAAAGGCUCCUGGUCGACAGGAAUAUUAUAGCAUCUCGGACCCAACUUGGAUAACCGAGCUGAGAACCAAGAACAGAGCCACGAUCAAAGAGCCUUCACGUGCGGGAGAUAUCUUAGAAGAUGAAAACCAACCAGCAAGUAGUUUGACCUUCAACGUCAAUAAACAGGAGCAGGUGGCACUGAAGAAGCUACUUCAGCCUACCAAAGGAGUCCCUUUCGUGAAGAAUUUGACGAGCAAUUUAGGAAACCAUGGUCUGGCCACGGAAUAGUAGGACCCAACAUUAACACCAGUCCGGUUUCUACUCAGAUCUGUGUCUCCCGAAGCAACCAAAUGUCUGAUUGCUUGAAAGAAAGAAAGAAAGAA